AUGCAGAGACCUUACCGGCCAGUAAAGGAUCAGGAAUCGUAUUGUCGUCGGUUUACGGGUCCACUACCGUUCGCAAGCAUGCUCCGAUCGUACAAACUGUACCUGAUGCUGCUGAUUAGCUCGAUCUUCUUCAUCGUGUGCCAGAACCAGGGAUCGUUCACAAGCCUCGUCAGCAAUGUGGCGGCCGCUUCGUCUGCGUCCGCGGACGAUGGUCCGCUGGGCGUUCCGGAUGUCGUUGCGGCACCACUGCAGGCGCUCGGUGUAGGUAACGAUGGCAUUGAGCUGCUGUACGGCGACACCGAGCCUUCGCUCGGUGCGGAAAAGAUCCGCUCGAGAAGUCUUAACUUCAAGGAUAUGCCAAUGAAGCUGAGCGAUCGCUCGUCGUCUACUUCCGCCGCUACCAGUAGUUCGGCGGCAACAACCACCACAACGACAACUACGGUCAGGACGACGCCCACAACGACUACUACGAAAGCGUUAUCGACAACGACGAGUGUAAAUGGAACACCGAAUUCAUCUGACGGUGGAUCGGUGGGAAGAGUUACAGACGUACCGUAUCGAUUUCCGGUGGACACGAAACAGCUGCCCCCGCUGUACAUCAUCACGCCGACGUACCGACGGCCGGAACAGAUACCGGAGCUUACCCGGCUCGGUUACACGCUGAAACACGUGCAGAACGUUCUGUGGAUUGUGGUCGAGGACUCGGAGAAUCGAACCGCCAGUGUCGCACGGCUUCUGGAGGAAAUUGGUGUACCAUUUGUGCAGCUUGCCGCGCCCAUGCCAGCCCAGUACCGCAAGCAAAAGGUUAAACCACGCGGCGUGUCGAAUCGUAACCGAGCGCUACAGUGGAUCCGGGCAAACGCAACGGAAGGAACACUGUACUUUGCCGACGACGACAACACGUACAAUCUGAAGUUGUUUGAGCAGUUGCGCCACGUGCGUAAGGUAGCUAUGUUCCCGGUAGGACUAAUCUCCAAGUACCAGGUGAGCUCACCGAUUGUGAAGAACGGUACGAUAACGGGAUUCUACGACGGUUGGCUCGGUGGUCGGAAAUAUCCACUCGAUAUGGCCGGAUUUGCGGUAUCGGUGAAGUUUCUGCACUCACGUCCCAAGGCCCAGAUGCCAUUCAAGCCCGGCUACGAAGAGGACGGUUUCCUGCGCAGCCUGGAACCGCUGGAGCUAAAGGAGGUGGAACUCUUGGCCUCAAACUGUACGGAGAUACUGACGUGGCAUACACAGGCGAGGAAAAAUCCACCCGCACCGGCACUGGAUCGGAAGAAGUAUGGUGGCACGAACCUAGUACAGCUUACCAGUUGGCUCGUGUAGAAAGAGUGGAUCGCGACCGGACAUUCGCUGAUGGUGCCGCGCUGGCUAAAGAAACUCUCCGUCUGGGUGUUCCGGGGUGGCCCAUGAAGAGCUGCGUUUUUCCGCGUCGCACAUGCGAUCGAUCUUGCUGUAU